AGGGUCCAACGUACGGAUAUAUUGGAGAAUGGGCAGGUUCUUUGCCAAGCCGGCCUCAUCGGCCCCCUGCUUGUGGUUCGGCUACAAACGCUACGUUAUUCCGACACUGGCAUCGGCUCUGAGGCUCUGUGAUUGCACCUUGUGCAGUCCAGAGACACCAACAGCGAAAUCACAGCAACGCCCUCGAUCUUCUAUAUCAGAUAGAGUAGCCAUCAUGUCAGCCAAGAAAGAUAUGAGGAGGGCGGAUUUGAUAAUUCCAUUUCAGAUGCCUCCAUCGAAAGAGAGCUCCAGUGAUCUCAGUGGAACUCUUGGGAGCACCUUGCCAAUGGCUGCCAUGUUUACAAGGAAUAAAUUCGUUGGGUGGGCAUCCGUGGUUUUGGCAAUCCAGAACUGGUUGGGAGAAAGUGCUGAGGCAAAGAGGACCUCCAGCCAGCCGGCAUACUUCUCGGUCGGAAUGGGAAGUGGGUAGAUUCUUCUUGUGCACACGAACAUGGAUUGCUAACGAUUGAUAAAAUAGUCAUGGCGCUUGUUGUGACUUAUCUACCAAUGUUUUUACCUCCCCCAGCAGUGCCUGGCGCUGGUACCGGCACAGAAGCUCCAGCAGCAGCACCCCCCUCUUAAGUGGUAUAUGAUUUGAGGCUGGGUUGUGUAUGAUAGGGGCGAAUGACCUUGAAAAUAUCUACCAAAUGGAUGGUCUUGGGCUUGAAAGGUGACACUGGCCGUAUGGGCACUCCAAUUUUGGAAUGUAGGUGGUACUUUAUGAGGAGGUCUUUUUUGCAAUCAAAUUUGUCGUUGCGGACAAAGCAGUGACUUGACUCAAAACCCAACAGAAUGCCAUUAAGCCAUUCUUGUUGCGCUCCUCAAAUCUAGGGAUGGACGUUCACCUUUAAAUAUGAUAUGUAGUAGACCGAUCUUAACUAGCGUCAGGACCAUCGACUGUCUCGGAGAUUCGACGAGUAUAUUUUUUAGUUGAAGCUAAAGGUCUGCUAUGUGUCCGAGUUCACGGAAAGUAUAAACAGCUGUAUGAUUGAUGGCAUCUAGAACCUGGGCGGAAAUAUCAGAAGUAGUUUAUAUGACAAUGACAAGAACCAAGUCGCAAUGACCCAAUAGUUGAGGGGUUCUCGGGUGAUAAACGCUGGCGAUUACUGUGUAUUUCCCUAUGAUAGAUCCAACUCUGGGACAGCACUCGUCAGCUUCGCUCUGAGUGCUGUCCAAGAUACGCGCGAGUCUGUUCGCCUUCGCCGCGUGGUGAAUGCACUCCGUUGCCAAGAGGCUUCAAAAUUUGAAAGAAAAAUUGCCUUAGUUCACAGAUAUUGAUACGGAAGUGAAUCAUGGGGAAAGUCCCGCUCAAGGGCUCAGAUAGAGCGGCAUAAGCACCAAGCCCAGCCUUGCCUCAUACCUAGGUAGGUGUCUUCUGGACUGGAAUGGAAAGAGAGGAAAUCGAUGGGGCGUGACAGUCGACGAAGUCAACCAGUUCUCAGUUCUCGUCACAUUUCACGAAGGACAGAGAAAAAAACAGGAAAGCACAUGUCAGUGGUGAAAACCCUGAUUCAUCAAGAGAUUCAAUAUUGAAGUCUAUUGAAACUUGAACGAGCUCUUAUACCAGCAGCGGCUUCAGCCCUGUUCUCAGCUCAGCCUGAACUCUGAGCAGG